CUUCUCAACACGAAAAAGACAACAAUGGCAGAUGGUGAUGAGAAUAAAGAUACAUCUCAAGGACAGCAUACUCAACAAGUAGACGAUCUCUACAUUCGGAAUUUGUUUGAUGAUUCAACUUUAUUUACUAAUGACAAUUCUUUUCAAUCUCUUGUCCAAACGAUGCGGAACGAAGAUCAAAACACUACUCCUGCUCAAUUUAAUAUGCCAACCGAACUACAGCACCUUUUCGAUAAUGAUACAGACGACGUAUUAAGUUCACAACCACAAACGGGUGUUUUCCAACCUGGACAAACUACUACUGAUUUUAUUGAAAUGUGGAAGGAUAAUCGUCAAGAUCUAUCACUGAGCAGCAACGGUACUUCUACAACUGCUACUACUAGUACGGUCACUCCUGCAUCUGACACUUCUAUUGCUAAUACCAACAACAACAACACACAUACACAGCUUUCUCAUCAAGUACAACAACAACAACAACAUAACCAAGUUUAUGGAAUAUCGAAACAACAACAAUCUUUUUUGAGCCAACAGUCAUUACUUUUACAGCAAAGACAACUCCAACUGCAACAGCAGAAUGUAUCCGAACGACAGUACCCACAACAGCAUCUAUCUGCCGUACAUCACUCUAUACCAUCGCCACAAAGAGUAGCAACACCCCCAGUGCAAUCUUCCUCUACAACUGGAUCAAUGACAUUAUUGGAUUCGAUCACGGCCCAACUUCCACCUGAACGUAAAGGCAAAUUCAAUCAACUUUUUGUUCAACUGCAGAAAAAUACUAUUACGGCCGAACAUUUUUUAUCACAAGCCAAAUACCUAUUGGAUGAACGAGGAUAUCAAAUGUUGGAAAAUUUGAAAAGUCAAACACCUUCCACAACAGCAACAGCCAAUCAUAUAACGAAUACUUCAUCAUCAUCAUCAUCAUCAUCGUCAGUAGAUAUCAGUCAGUCAUCAACAUCAACAUCAUCAACAACAACAACAACAGCAGCCACUUCAAUAACUACUGCAGAUCAACGAAAACGUCAUAUAUCAAGUUCUCAAAUCCGUCAAGAAGACUCUCAACGGUCAAUGCCUGGUUUAAUUACACCUCAAACAAAACGAACAAAAGUUGAACAUAUGACAGGUAUACCAAAAGGUGGUCUGAAAACAUCAAAUACCCAUAUGGCCAUUGCCACACCUCCGCCUCUUCCAAGUUCAUCCAGUACUACGUCAACAACAACAGUAGCAACACCUGAAUUUAAACAACCAGCCGCGCCUACUACUCAAGGAUUACAAAUACCUCGAAGUACAACCUUAUCAAAACAAUCCACUAGUACUCCUAAUAUAGCAACACCAACAUCAGUGUCGACAAGUAGCAUGACUGUACCAGCACCAACAUUACCAACAACGUCAACCAGCACAGUAACAUCGUCAUCAUCAUCAGGUGCAACAGGUGGUGGAGAUAAUCGAAUCGAUUAUGAUGCUAUUACAGAUGUGAUGGGAUAUGCCGGUGUGGAUCUCAAGGAAGAAGUGGAACAUUUUAUGAAAGAUGGUGGAGAUGGUACAAGUGGUUUAUCAGUGGAUGGUGUAGAUCGAUCAAAAAGUCAAGAUUUUAUGAAUGGACAAUUAUUACAACAGAUGGUGAACAAAUUAGCUAGGCCAUUGGCAAUCAGACAUGUGGAUCCAGAUGUAGUAGCUUAUCUAUCAUUGGCAACUCAAGAUCGACUCCGAGGAUUAAUGGAAGAUAUGGUCAAAGCAUCCAAGCAUCGUAUUGAACGAAGAUCUCCUUUUCAACGACCUCCUCCUACUAUCAAGGCUACAGACAAUACUACGGAAUAUCCACUAUACAAAAUUUUGGUGAAAGCUGAUCCGAAACAAGCUUUGUUGGCACUGGAACAGUUAGAUCGACGACAACAUUCAUCAUCAUCACCUUCAUCAUCUAUGACGUCGACAAGAGUAUCUGAACAACAAGAUAGGAAAAAGGCAUGGAUACUUAAAAGUAAACCAAGUGGAGCAAUAUCAAGAACAGACAUCAACAAAAACUACUUUAUGGAAGAUACCAAUGAGGACGAUCAAGAUAGAAAAGUGACAGUAGUAGAUGCUAUAUUUGCUUUGGAAAGGGAAGGUCAAGGUGGGAAAGGAAGUGGACAAAAAACUUUGUUGAAAAUGUAUAAUCAAUGGUUACAAUAAAAUAUUUUACACUUUUUUUUUUUUU